AUGGCCUUGGUCCCUUAUAUCCACGUUGGGCUGCCUCGCUCCCUAAGGCAGGGCCUUCUGCAGGGGCGCCCUGCAAAUGGGCAAAACCAAGAGGUGCCCAAAACCAUGCAUUCCCUGCGGCGAGAAAGGCCAACAGGGGGCCGGGCCGAGCCCGGGAGCCUCCGCGGGGAGCCGGGCACGGAGCUGCCAGCGCGUCCCCCGAGCGCGCCCGGCCACUGCCCGACGCUGCGCUGCCCCGGCGAGGGCGAGGACCGUCCCCUGCGCCAGCCUCGCGGCCCCGAGAGCAGCCGCCCGCGCCCCGCUCCGGCCCGACCUCCUUCCGCGGGCUGCUCCCCGCGCUCCGCAGCCGCCGCCCGACCCGCCGCUCCUCUGCCCGCGCAGCGCAACCCUCGGAGCAGGGCCCGGCGGCGGCGGCGGCCAGGGAGGCCCACCGAGCCCCGCCGCGCCGCCCCCGGCUGCGAGGCGCCAGCGGCCCCUGCAGGCGGCGGCCCGCGCGGCCUCGGGGCGGCUCCAGAGCGCGGCCGGCCCUCCGCUCCGCUCCGCUCCGCUCGGCCCGCCCCGUCCCAGCACGGCCGGCUGCCGGCAGCAGGAGCAGGCGAGGGCGGCCGCGGGUCCCCGUGCGGCGCGGCGGCGGCCCCGCAGGACAAAGUGAGGCAACCCCUGGGGGCCCUGCAAAGCCCCCCUGUAGGAUGGGGAGGGCUCAGCUUGGGCCCCCGAAGUGAAGUUCCUGGCUGUGCAGACUGCGGGGGAGCCAUGGGGGGCGCUGGCCCGCACGCGCACGACUGGGGAUCGGAGCGAAUCGAGCCCUGCGGGAUCAGCUGCAGUACCCGACAAAGCCCCCAGGUGGCCUGCAAAGCUCGUAUUCCGGCAACGGAGGCGGCCCCGGCUGCCGGAGUGAAUGUCGUCGUUGUGGUUGAUGGGAACUGCAUCCUCCAAUACACCCACCGGCAGUCACCUUGUUCCUGCCUCUCUGAUGGGGAGCCUCUCUUGCCCCGUCACCCUCCACCAACUUAUGGUGGGGUGCCCCCCAGCCCCACCAUUCCCCGGGGCCCAGCCUGUGGCCAAGAAGCUGGUCCACCCCCAUCCCGGAGGCUUCGUGGACUCAACGUUCACUGCUGCACCAAAGCUUGCCUGGGAGAUGAAGAGGAUCGUGCUGAGAGACACGUGCAUCGCAGAGCAACGUGUAGCCGCCUCACCCCGGUUCCCUUGCCCCACAGCCCCUCUGGGCCAUGGUUUGGAGUGGGGUGUCUGAGCGGGGGCAGGCCGGGGGCUCGGGUUGUGAAGAUAUGGGACCCACAGAGGUGCCCUUUGCUGGAGGAAGGAGACAUCAUUGCCAAGGUGAAUGGAGCAGAUGUCCGGGAUCUGCGGCCCGAAGAAGUGGAGACUGUCUUACAAGAGCACACGCGAGCUGGGGGUGUGAUCCUGCUGGUGGAGAGGAAAGGUCACCCCUCCUGGAGACAGCCCCAUGGAAACUGCUGUUUCAGACGGGAACACCUUUUGCCUGAUCACUCCCACAAUAAAGAAGUUCCACGAGACACUCCAAACCCUUGGGGAGGCUCCCCAGGUGACACUUUGGCUGUAACCAGUUUUGUGGGCCCUGAGCCCCGGGAUGUCCUUGUGUGUCCUGCUCGCUGUUCCCAGAGGCUGAGGCGGCCCCGGCCAGCAGGAGGGGCUGGAGAGCCCGCAUGUGGGACUGACGGCCCCAAAGAAGAAGAUGGCUGCAGCACCAGUAUCGUCAUACCAACCAACCAAGGUGGAACUGGGCUCACAGCCACCUCCUUGUUGCCCAAUCAAGAAGAGGGCCCCGUGCAUCAAGAGGAUGGGGGGCUUCUGGCACGGCUGUCCCACGGGGAAGUUGGGGGCAUCUUCCGCCAAGCAGGCAGCCGGGUGCGGAUGAGGGUUCGGAAUCGCAAGGAUGCAGGAGUUCCCAGCGAUUUGAACACUGCUGAUAUCGAUGUGGGUGAAAAUCCUCGGAGCCCCAGCUACCGCCUGCCUCAUCCCCAGGAACUGAAGGAGACGAGUCAAUACGCUGUGGAGCUGCUGCGAGGACCCAAAGGGUUUGGCUUUAGCCUGAGAGGAGGCAGUGAAUAUAACAUGGACAUUUAUGUCUUGGCCCUCAUGGAAGGUGGCCCAGCCCAGCAGUGUGGCAAGAUCCAGGUGAGCGACCAGCUGGUGGAGAUCAACGGGGCACCCACUGUGGGCAUGACGCACGCGCAGGCGGUGGAACACAUCCGGAGUGGGGGUAGCCGGAUACACCUGGUGCUCAAGAAGGGCAACGGCUUUGUUCCCGAUUAUGACCGUGGCUACAGCAAGAGUCCCACCAAGUUGCAGCAGGUGCCAGAGGCAGAGGACAAAGCCAGGCAACGGCGCCGGAGAUCAAACCUGCCUGGACCCCCACAACAUCAGGGACCGAACGUCUGCGACGGGGGCAGUCAGGAAGCGUCACCCAGUAACAGGCAACAGCUCCCGAAAACGCAGCAGCCUAACCGGCAGCACCGCAGCUCCACCAAGGCUGAGGGGGAUGAAGAAAACGAAGAGGGCGAAGGGGGCUGUAGGCAUCAGGAACAAGGGAAGACUGCGGGGGGUGGGGGGGACACCUGCAAGCUCCUUUCCCCCAGGCCCAGCAGGAAGUUACGUUCUGAUCUGGUCCCCGGUCCCUGGCUUGUCCCCAGCAAGGAACGCCUCUCCCGGGCUCUCUGGGGUGUCUGCAUGGGGCAGGGGGAGGAGGAGGAACCAAAGGGUGAGACAGGGAGGGGGAAGGGCAUGGAGGUGAAGAGGCGGAGCUAGAGCCCGCUCUCCUUGGUGCAUUGCAGAACUGCCCAGUGCCUGGGACAAAGGCACUGCCCGCCACACCCACCUGGACUAUGCAAUAUGAUCUUUUCCCAUUUUUUUGCUCCCAUUACUCCAUUCAUAAUAUUUAAUGGAAGCUUUUGUUUUUCUCUUGCCGCCAUCCCUCUUCCAUACUAUGCAGUGCUUCUUAUCACAACCCUCUCCCCCCUCAAAAGAACAAAACUGUCUUGUCGUCGCCACAUUCUUUGGGACUGUGUAAUGUAAUCUUCCAUUCAGCUGCCGCCAUCCAAGAGCUUCAGCAGUGACUGCCCUUUCUAAAACUUUCUGCCCCAAAAUCUCCUAGGGUGAUGGUUCCCGAGCAGCAUUCCUAGGAACUACAGAGUUUCCCAGAAGUUGAUCAGGAGUUCCUCAAUAAGGUUGGUGAUGGCAGGCAAGUUGUCCUAAAAGUGGGCAUACACAUGGUUGCCCAGCUACAGGGGCGUGAUGAACAUGUUCUAGGAUAUGCUCUCAUUUUGCACAAGGUGAUGGCUAAAAACAGGUCAGAUUGGACUGGACACAAACUUAAGGGGAACCCUACAACAUGCCCAGAGUUUGUAUUUUUUUAUUACGUUUUUAUGCCAUCCUUACUCAAAGGACCUCUGGGCCAUGUACAUCAUUUUCAUCUCCGUUUUUAUCCUCACAGCAACCUUGUGAGGCAGGCUAGUCUGAGAAUGGAGAGUGUGUGUGACUGUCCCGAGGUCACCCAAUGAGCUUCCGUGGCAGAUGGGGAUUCGAACCUAGGUCUCCCAGAUGCUGGUCU